AUGUCCAGGUGCCUGUUUUGCACCGAAGCCCUGGAAAAGGAACAGCCCCAGAAGAAUAAAGUUGACCAGCCUGACAAAGGAGAGAGGGCAAAGGCUGUAGCCUACAGGUCCCAUGGUGCCGUAGUGGUAUGGCUUGCAGGAGGGGAAACAGUUUGCAUGAUCUUUUCUUUUGAAACAGUGAGGGAUGGAAGCAGCAAGAUCUGUUCUGUGUUUCAGUACAAUGGUGUGUGCCUGCAAGGCCCCAGCGGCGUUCCUGGACGGGAUGGAAACCCGGGAGCCAACGGGAUCCCUGGGACACCUGGGAUCCCAGGACGGGAUGGGCUGAAGGGGGAGAAGGGCGAAUGCAUGCGCGAGAGCAUUGAGGAGUCCUGGACGCCCAACUUCAAGCAGUGUUCAUGGAGUGCACUUAACUAUGGCAUCGAUCUUGGGAAGAUAGCAGAAUGCACAUUUACAAAGAUGCGCUCCAACAGUGCUCUCCGUGUUCUCUUCAGUGGAUCGCUUCGGCUGAAAUGCAAAAGUGCCUGUUGUCAGCGCUGGUACUUCACUUUUAAUGGAGCAGAAUGUGCUGGGCCACUUCCUAUUGAAGCCAUAAUCUAUUUAGAUCAAGGAAGCCCGGAGCUGAAUUCUACUAUUAAUAUACACCGAACUUCUUCAGUGGAAGGUCUUUGUGAAGGGAUCAAUGCUGGUUUGGUGGACAUUGCCAUCUGGGUCGGGACUUGCUCAGAUUAUCCACGGGGAGAUGCUUCUACUGGAUGGAACUCAGUCUCCCGCAUUAUCAUUGAAGAACUGCCAAAAUAA